AUGGACCGCAAUGAAGAAUUCCAAAAAGAAUCCCCCAAAGCAUAUAAAAUCUCCCUCUGGGAAAAACUUCAAGCGCAAUUCAAUCCCAGACCUCCUGACGAUGACGAACCCCAAGACUGGUGGUUCGCAUCAACCGCCAUUCCCUUGUUUGCGGCCACCACUGGUCCCUUUGCCAAUGUCAUGUCCGUCGUCGCCCUCGCGAUGCCGUGGAAAAGCGAACUCCAUCCGGACCAGCUGGAUGCCGACGGGAAUCCUCUGCAAGUGAUGUUGACGGAUCCUAGAUGGUGCAUCGGUCUCAAUGCCACCUCCCUCGCUUUUGGUCUGCUAGGAAACCUCUUCCUGUUGUUUAACUUCACCCGGAUCAUCCGGUAUAUCGUCGCCCUGCCCGCUUCCAUCAUUCUGUGGUCCCUGGCGACGGCGAUUUUGAUUGGAGCCACCAGCUCCGUCCAUAUCUACGCCGGCCCGAUCCCCCCAAACCAGACCUACUCGCAGGCAUACUGGUAUGCCGUCAUUGCGGCCGUGCUCUAUUUCAUCCUCACGGUCAUCCUCAUGAUCAACAUGGUGGGAUAUUUUCUGGGCCACUAUCCGCAAUAUUUUGCUCUCACCGAUGGACAACGCACCCUGAUCCUCCAGACCACCGCCCUCGGAAUCUGGUUGCUCGUGGGGGCCGCCGUUUUCCAGAAAGUCAUAGGCAUAUCCAUCGCAGAAGCCCUCUACUUCUGUGAUAUCACCAUUCUCACUAUUGGUUUUGGCGACGUGACGCCGAAGACCGCGGCCGGCAGGGGUCUAGUCUUCCCGUACGCCGUGGUUGGAAUUAUCAUCUUGGGUCUUGUAGUAGGGAGUAUUAGCAACAUCGUCCGAGACCUCCAAGACACUAAUGUAGUGCGAAAGCACAUCGAGCGACGGCGGGAAGCGACCAUCGAACACUCUCUCAUAGACGAAGACGCUCAAAAACGAUCCAACGCGACCCCCGACGCAUCCCAAAUCGCUUAUCGUCCCAAGCACACCAGGAAAAACCCCGUUAUCAGCAAAGUCACGGCGUUCUACCGGGGAUCGCUCGGUCGACCCAAGACCAUCGUCAUGAAGGAAGAAAAGGAUCGAUUCAACGCGAUGCGCGACAUCCAGUACGAAACGGCCCUCUUCAGUCGAUGGUAUCACCUUAUCCUCAGUCUAAUUGCUUUUGGACUUCUGUGGGCCUGUGGUGCGCUUGUUUUCUGGGCCAUGGAAAAAGAAAUCUCGUAUUUCGAAGCGUUAUAUUUUGGUUUCGUCUCCCUGUUGACCAUCGGAUACGGGGAUGUCGCUCCGACAACGAACGCCGCGAAACCUUUCUUCGUGGUCUGGUCGAUCAUCGCCAUUCCAACCAUGACUUCGCUGAUCUCCGAAAUGAGCAACACCAUCGUGUCAGUCUUCAAACACGGUACCAGUCAGGUCGCGGAUUGGACCGUCCUGCCGCAUUACGGGAAGUAUAAAGCCUUCUGGCGAAAGUUCCCCCCUAUCCACGCGUAUCUCGAGAAACGCGAGGAAAAUAAACGGAUUGCCCAAGGUUUCCCUGUCGGCCUUGAUAAUGGGGAAGAGGGCCCAGAUGGGGAGUCGGGACCCGCGCGAUCGAUCGAAGAAUUAACAAGUGAUCUACUCUCGUCGGACUUUGAGCUUGCGCAGCGUCUUGCAUUCGCGAUUCGCCGGACGGCCAGAGACGCAGUGAAUGGACAUCCGAAACGAUACAGCUACGAAGAAUGGGCGGAGUUUACUCGAAUGAUCCGAUUCACCAACCCGAGUCCCGAUGAUACGGUCCUCUAUGAAGAUGAAUACGGGAUCCUCAACUGGGACUGGAUCGGCGAGGAUAGUCCAAUGCUGGCGCCGCAGACGGAGCCCGAAUGGGUUCUUGAUCGUCUCUGUGAGAGUAUGAUUCGGUUUAUUUCCACGCAGGCACAGAGAAACCGGAGAACUACCGACGUAGAUGAGGAUGAGCCUACGAUAAGGAAAGAAAGGGAUAUAUAG